AUGCAUUGUAUUCUUGUCGAAGCUUCUGAUACUGGAUUAGAAACGGUACUGGCACAUGAUGAACUGAGAAAAUUGAAUGAACAAAUUAAAAAAACAACAGCCGCUUUGCUGGCACUUCCUGUUCCCACGUACCAGAAGGAGCAUGAUGAUUAUCUGGAAGCAAUUCGUAACAGUCAGAAGGAGCAAAAAGCGAUUGUUGAAUUAGCAGUUGAACGUCAACGAAAAGCACUAGUAAAUGAAGCCAGUGCCACUGCGAGCAGCGAUGUUGUGCUUAAUUCGCCCGAUAUAUCCAACACCACCGAGGAGCAUGAUGAUUAUCUGGAAGCAAUUCGUAACAGUCAGAAGGAGCAAAAAGCGAUUGUUGAAUUAGCAGUUGAACGUCAACGAAAAGCACUAGUAAAUGAAGCCAGUGCCACUGCGAGCAGCGAUGUUGUGCUUAAUUCGCCCGAUAUAUCCAACACCACCGAGGUUAAUCUCGACUAA